CCCACGUAAAUAAAAAUAAAUAAAUAAAUAAAACCCUAGGUCAAAACUUGUAAUUGUUGUCCAUUAUAUCAAACAAAACAGUUUUAUUUCUUCUUAAACAUGUACAAGAGGUGUAACUGCAGAAGUAUGAUGUCAAAUUAAGCAUGGAGGUUAUGGCAAAAGAUAAGUUACAGUAAAACAUUUAUAACAGCACUUAUUAAUUUGAUAAAAAACUGAGUUCUUGGUUGAAAUUUGUUUUUGUUUCCAACAUAUAUAGUCGCUUCUCUUGAAGGGAACAACAUAUACAUUAUAGACAAAGUAUUAAGAUCUUUGAUCUUAUUUCUUAGCUUUUGUAGCUUUCGGUUGUGUACUUCCCACCAAACUAGCCAAAAGCUGCAAGCAGAGUACUCACCAUUUCAAAAAAGAUUACAUUCACGUUUUCAAGAGUUGUUAGGCCUCCUAAAAUGGCUACAAAGUUUGGCUUAUCUGUUUUGUUCAUAAGCUUUUGCUCAUUGUUUUCACCAACAUUGUCAUCUAUCACCUAUAAUGAGAUAGAUUCAUGGUGCAGCAAAACCCCACACCCUGAACCAUGCAAAUACUCCAUGAAGCAAAACCCAAGCCACUUUAUACCUAACCAAGAAUUUGAGUCUCGUAAAGUGGCAAUCGAAUUAGCCUUGCAGAGUGCUCUCACUGCUCAAAAUCACCACCAGCGGCUAUGGCCAACAUUACGCAUUGAGAAAGAAAAGAAUGCAUGGAAACAUUGCUUAAACUUCUACAACAAGACCAUCGAUGAACUCAUCCUCGCCCUUGCCUCUAACAUAAAAUCCACCAAUUUUAACACCCAGACUUGGCUUAGCGCUGCGUCAACCUAUCUUGAAAGUUGUAAAGACACAAUCAAUGAUCUAGGGGUUUCAGGCUCUAUGUUAUCUCUCAUGAUGUCUAACAAUGUUUCGAAGCUAAUAACCAACUCUUUGGCUCUACAUAACAAAGCCUCAUCAGUUUUCCCUCAAACUUAUCAAGAUGAUUUUCCUACCUGGGUUAAAGCAGCUGAUAGAAAGCUCUUGCAGGAACCUUCACCAUCUCCAGAUCUUGUGGUGGCGCAGGAUGGAUCAGGUGAUUACAGUAUCAUAAAGGCGGCACUUGAAGCCGCAGAAAAGAGUAGUGGGAAUGGGAGGUUUGUUAUAUAUAUUAAGAGUGGGGUGUAUAAAGAGUAUCUUGAAAUUGGUAAGAAACUUGAGAAUAUUAUGCUUGUUGGUGAUGGAAUGACAAAAACCAUUAUCACUGGGAACAAGAGUCUCGGUGGAGGUGUUGACACCUUUCACACUGCAACUGUUGGGGUCGAUGGUCAGGGAUUCAUUGCUCGGGACAUCACCUUCCAAAACACAGCUGGUCCACAAAACCAUCAAGCUGUAGCCCUUCGAUCAAGUUCCGAUUACUCUGUCUUCUACCGUUGUGGUUUUGAAGGGUAUCAAGACACCUUAUAUGUCCACAGUAAAAGACAGUUCUAUAGGGAAUGCUCUAUCUAUGGUACAAUAGACUUCAUUUUUGGAGAUGCAGCUGUUGUCUUACAAAAUUGCAUGAUAUAUGUAAGAAGGCCAUUUGGUAGCCAAAACAAUGUUAUAACAGCCCAGGGCAGGUCUUGCCCUUAUACUAACACAGGGAUUGUAAUCCAUAAUUCACAAGUAUUUUCUGCAGAAGACCUUGGCUCAUCAAAAACAUACUUGGGAAGGCCAUGGAGGAAAUACUCGCGUACAGUUUUUCUCUCAACUUAUCUUGAUUCUUUGGUGGAUCCGGCAGGAUGGCUUGAGUGGGAUGGUAAUUUUGCCCUAAACACUUUGUAUUAUGGAGAGUACAAGAACACCGGACCUGGAGCUUCGACUAGUGGAAGAGUUAAGUGGCCUGGUUACAAGGUUAUAACUAGUGCAGAAGAAGCAUCAAAAUUCACAGUUGCAAACUUCAUAGGUGGCCGUUCAUGGUUGCCAGCUACUGGUGUACAAUUUGCUGCCGGACUUUGAUACUAUUGACAGUUCCCUGCACUAUAUAUUAAUUGGUUCAAUGCUAGUUCUCUCAUUUUCAAUAAGUGUUGUGGCUGGAUGCAUUGGCAUCCAUGAGGGCAGCCACAUUCAUAAGAGUGAAUUACUUCAAACCUUGUUGGUUCUUCUCCUAAUUUUCUAGCAAAACUAAAUGCAUGUAGCUCCAUGUAUGGAGUU